AUGAAACUCCUACUGGUCACUCUGCUCACAGCAGGCGCUACAGCACAGGGCAUCAGCCCUCGGGCUGUGUGUCAAUUAGGCAAUGUGUUCCAGUGCACCAUUUCCAGGAUUCAUCCUUUGAAGCAGUAUAACAACUAUGGCUGUUACUGUGGCUUAAGGAGCUUAGGCACUCCUGUGGAUGAUCUCCCCAGGUGCUGCUGGACUUGGGACAACUGCUACAAUCAGGCCAAGGAUGUGGAAAGCUGCAAACUCCUCAUAGGCAUCCCCUACACCAUCUCCUACAUAUUCUCCUGCAGGGUCAACUUCCUUUCUUGUUUCCCUGCAGACAAAAACAACACCUGUGAGGACAACAUCUGCAACUGUGACUGA